AUGGCGUGUAACGUGGAGUUCAGUGAUGCCCACGGAGGAGGAGGAGGCCCCAGCAUCACAGAGUUCCACUCCUCUACCCACGUGUUGCCCGUGGGCCAAACGGCCCGCUACACCUGCCACGCCGGCGGCACGCCGGAGCCCACAGUAGAGUGGCUCCACAACGGCAGGCCCCUGGAGAGGGACGGCACAGACGACCAAUCAGAGGCCUGGGUGGAGAGGGGCUUCCUCUUCGUCAGAGGUGGGAGGUACGGCGUGAACACGGUCUGCUGCGUGGCGAGCAACAGCGCUGGCAUGGCCAAUCACAGCGCUGAGCUGCUUGUCUUUGAUGCCUGUGACCUCACACUGGACCCCAACACAGCCUACAGACGACUCCUCUCUGUCUGAGGACAACAGGAAGGUGACGUGGGUUGAAGAGGACCAGUCGUAUCCGGAUCACCCAGACAGAUUUGACUGGUGGGAGCAGGUGUUGGUAGAGAGGCUCUGACCGGCCGCUGUUACUGGGAGGUAGAGUGGGAAGGACCUGUUGAUAUAGGAGUGACAUACAGAGGAAUCACAAGGAGAGGACGGGGUGACAGCGGGCUUGGACAGAACAACAAGUCCUGGGUUCUUCUUUGUGCUGAUGGUCGUUACUCUGCCUGGUACAACGGUAGUAAAACAGCCCUCCCUCUCCCCGCCGCUGGCUCCACCAGAGUAGGAGUGUAUCUGGACCGGCCUGCUGGCUCUCUGUCCUUCUACAGAGUGUCCCCAGGUGGAGGAGGGUCCUCAGACACACUGACACACCUCCACACCUUCUGGUCCUCCUUCACCCAGGAGGACCUCCUCCCGGCGGUGAGGGUGGUAGUGCGGUGGUGGACCCCAGGGGUGCCCCUAGUGGGGUCCUCAGUCUCUCUGUGUCGGUUGUAGAAA